GGGCUGGGCCGGAGCGUCGGCGCGGAGGGCACCGGCCGUGCGGCCCCCGGCGGGCUCGGGGCACCCGGCGCGGCCAUGGCGCGCGGCCUGCGGGGCUGGCUGGGCGGCUGGCUGCUGGCGGCGGCGACAGCCUUAGGCAUGGUGCCUCCUCCAGAAAACGUCAGGAUGAAUUCCGUUAAUUUCAAGAACAUUCUGGAGUGGGAGUCGCCCGAGUUUCCCAACGGGACCCUGACUUUCACAGCUCAGUACCUCGGUUACAGGAAGUUCCAGGACCGCUGCGCGGGCACCAACGCCACCGAGUGCGACUUCUCGGACCUCUCCAAGUACGGCGACCACACGCUGCGCGUCAGGGCCGAGCGGGGGGCCGAGCACUCCGCCUGGGUGAACCUCAGCUUCUGUCCCGUCGACGACACCGUUAUCGGGCCGCCGGGCAUGCGCGUGGAAGCCUUGGCCAACUCCUUACACAUCCACCUCCUGGCCCCGAGGAUCGAGAAGGAGUGGGCGUGGACCAUGAAGAACAUCUACAGCUUGUGGGUGUACCACGUGGAGUACUGGAGGAACGGCUCGGACACCAGGCACCUGGUGACCUGCCACUAUGACUUCGAGGUCCUCAGGAACCUGGCGCCGUGGACCACCUACUGCGUCCACGUCCGGGGCUUCCUCCCCAACCAGAACAGGACCGGGCGGUGGAGCGAGCCCGUCUGCAAGGGAAUCGGCAGCGACGACAGCAUCCUCUCCUGGAUCGUGGUGGCCGUGGUGCUGGCGGCCUCGGUGCUGGCCGCCUGCCUGCUGCUCGCCAGCUGCUCGGCGCUGCUGUGGAGCAUCUACAAGGGCACCAAGUACGCCUUCUCCCCCCGCAACACGCUCCCGCAGCACCUGAAGGAGUUCCUGAGCCGCCCCCCGCACGGCCGGCUCCUGUUCCUCUCCUUCCCGCCCGCGGACGAGAGUGACGUCUUCGACAAGCUGAGCGUCGUCACCGAGGACGCGGAGAGCGGAGAGCGGCCCGCAGCGCCCGGGGGCGGCCGGGGCCUCGGGGCCCCGGGGGGCGCGGCCUGCCCCCCAGCGGGUCCCUGAGCGGGGCACCCCCUUCUCAGCGCUGCCUCGUCUCAGUCCCAGCCCGGGACUCAGCCGCUGGGCCAGGUCCGGAGCCUCGAACCCCAGCCUGGCGGGCCUCCGUGGACACUCGGCAGAGGACUCCCCGGGGGCCUGGCUGCCUCCCGGGCCGUGAGAGACGCCGCCCCCCGGCGCCGGGACCGAGGACCGCGCGGUCGGAGGAGCGGAAGCGGUGAAAACCGACCCACCGCCCGGCGCCAUCGAUAGGUCGGGAAGGACGCUGGACAGCGCCAGCUCGGGUCCGGGCUGCCUCCUCCUCACGUUCCUCCUGUUCUCCAUGCGGCCGGCACCCCAAUAAAGGUCUCUGGUCAGCAUGAGUUCCCAGCGCCCCAGACCUGCCUGUGCGUGAGGCUCUCUCAUCAUCAUCAUCAUCGUCGUUAUAACUAGAGGCCCGCGCAUGAAGAGAUCCCUGCAACAGGCCCUCCUCCCUCGGCUUCCGGCACCGGUUUCCCUCCGGCUCCCGGACCCAGGCCUUGGCUCUGGCCGGAGUGCCGCUCCGGAGAUCCCUCGCCCCACCCUCCCUCUCAUAGCAGGCGUCCUGCCCCCCCGCCCGGCCACUCUGCCUGGAGCACCUGGGCUGGAGCACCUGGGCGGUCGCCAUCUUUGUCCUUCUGAUUUGCAUACUCACUCUGAUUGGCUGUGGGUGUAGCUAAGGUACCAUCAAUUUACAUGUUUGUCUAUUACCCAGUUUCCCCGA